UGCGUCUCAAACUGAGGAGGGGGCGGCUCUGUGACGUCACGACGUUGAACUAUCGACGCUCUCUGCUGCUCCUGCCGGGGAAGUUAGCAAAGCCUGCACUCUGCAAACCCAGUGAUUUAUUAAGUGUCUGCAGGUCAGCCAUGGCUCUCACACAGGUGUCGUCCAACAAGUGUGCUGGUGGCUUCCAGAAGGUGUAUGAACAUGACAGCUCUGAGCUGAAGUGUAAGAUGAAGUUUGCCAUCUAUCUGCCUCCCAAGGCUGAAACAGACAAAUGUCCCGUCUUCUACUGGCUUUCGGGCCUGACGUGCACAGAGCAGAACUUCAUCACCAAAGCAGGCAGUCAGCUGGCUGCAACAGAACAUGGCAUCAUCAUCGUGGCCCCAGACACCAGCCCACGUGGCUGCAACAUCGAAGGUGAAGAUGAAAGCUGGGACUUUGGGACUGGAGCUGGUUUCUACGUGGACGCCACCCAGGAUCCCUGGAAAACCAACUAUCGCAUGUACUCGUAUGUCACUGAAGAGCUCCCUAAACUAAUCAACGCUAACUUCCCCACUGAUCCGGACCGGAUGUCCAUCAGCGGACACUCUAUGGGCGGCCACGGGGCGCUCAUCUGUGCCCUGAAGAAUCCAGGCAGAUACAAGGCUGUGUCUGCAUUCGCUCCCAUCUGUAACCCCAUGCAGUGCCCCUGGGGUCAGAAAGCCUUCUCAGGAUACCUGGGAGCUGACAGGUCUACAUGGGAGGCAUAUGACGCCACCGUGUUGGCUGGUUCUUACUCCGGCCCUCAGCUCGACAUCCUCAUCGAUCAGGGACGUGAUGAUCAGUUCCUGUCAGCCAGCCAGCUGCUGCCCGACAAUCUGAUCGCCGUCUGCUCAGAGAAGAAAAUCCCUGUCGUCUUCAGACUACAGCCGGGUUACGACCACAGCUACUUCUUCAUCUAUUCAUUUAUGAACGACCACAUCAAACACCACGCCAAGUACCUGAACGCCUGAGCAGCUGCCGCACCUGAACACAAACAUCAGUUCGCUGUGACCUGCUGCUCUGCUGCCAGCUGAGCUCCCUGCAGAACAACAACAAUCAUGUCCUGGAAACUGAACUGUGUAAUAAACUGAGGGGAAAUGAGGAUGUUGUUGCCUCCUGUGUUAACAGCACUUACCUGCAUCCUCAGAGAGAGAACGACCCCUGGAACAACCAGGGUUUCUCAUCACUUUUCUGUGACCUGAGCAUAAUGUGUUGAAGCUUUUGCUAUGGUAGAGCAGAAUUUUACCAGUGAACAAAUGUUUUGGAAUAAAAAAUAUUUUUACUCUUUA